UCAUAAUACAAGUUCCAGGAGAGUGCUACCUAAGCUGACAGUCCUGAAUCACCCUCAAGGCUGAGUCUGCCGGCUCAAGGAGCCGGACUGUGAGAAUGGUGAAAGAUGAGCUGGUUUUCUUUGUGAAUGGCAAGAAGGUGGUGGAGAAGAUUGCAGACCCAGAAACAACACUGUUGGUUUACCUUCGUAGAAAAUUGGGUUUGAAGGGGACCAAGCUCGGCUGUGGAGCGGGAGGCUGUGGGGCCUGCACUGUGAUGCUGUCCAGGUUUGACCGGCUACAGAACAAAAUUGUCCACUCCUCUGCCAAUGCUUGCCUCAUCCCCAUCUGUGCCCUGCACCAUGUCGCCGUGACGACUGUAGAAGGGAUCGGAAGUACCAAGACGAGGCUGCAUCCUGUGCAGGAGAGGAUUUCCAAAAGCCAUGGCUCCCAAUGUGGAUUCUGCACCCCUGGUAUCGUCAUGAGCAUGUACACUCUGCUCCGGAACAACCCUGAGCCUUCCAUGGAGGAGAUCAAGAACACGUUCAGAGGAAACUACUGUCGCUGCACAGGAUAUAGACCCAUCCUGGAGGGCUUCAGGACUUUUGCUAAAGAUGUGGGAUGCUGUGAGGGAAAGGGGAAGAAACCAAACUGCUGCCUGAACAAACAGGAAGACAAUUCGGUCACACUCUUGCAGUCCCUGUUCAAUCCUGAGGAAUUUGUGCCCUUAGAUCCCACUCAGGAGCCCAUCUUCCCACCGGAGCUUCUGCAGCUCAAAAAUGCCCCUCGGAGGCAGCUUUGUUUCCAGGGGGAGCGUGUGAGGUGGAUCCAGGUAGCCACCCUGAAGGAGCUGCUGGACCUCAAAGCUCAGCACCCGGAAGCCAUGCUGGUGGUGGGGAACACCAAAGUGGGGAUUGAGAUGAAGUUUGAAAACAAAGUGUACCCAAUCCUAGUUUGUCCGGCCUGGAUCCCUGAGUUGAAUGCUGUGGAGCACGGAACAGAAGGCAUCUCCUUCGGCGCCUCCUGCACCCUGAGUUUCAUGGAAGAGACACUGGCAAGUGCCGUGACCAAGCUCCCCGCCCACAAGACGGAGGUGUUCCAGGGAAUCUUGGAACAGUUACGCUGGUUUUCUGGGAAGCAGAUCAAAUCAGUUGCGUCCAUCGGCGGAAACAUCAUGGCCGCCAGCCCGGCUUCAGACCUCAACCCCUUGUUCAUGGCAAGUGGAGCCCAACUGACAUUGGUGUCCAAAGGAAAGAGAAGAACCAUCCGGAUGGAUCACACCUUCUAUAUGGGCUUUGGAAAGACAAUCCUCACCCCAGAGGAGAUACUCCUCUCUAUCCAGAUCCCCUACAGCAGAGAGGAUGAAUACUUCUCCGCCUUCAAGCAAAUCUCCCGCCAAGAUGUGACCUGUGGAAUGAGAGUCCUGUUCAAACAGGGUACCAUCCAGGUGCAAGAGCUGGAGAUGAGUUUCGGGGGAUUGGGAAAUAGAAUCCUGCAGGCCCCAGAGACCAGCAGAAAGCAGACAGGAAGGGACUGGGACGAGUCGUUGCUGGCGGAUGUGUGCGCUGGGCUGGAGGAGGAGCUCCGCUUGGCUCCCGAUGCGCCGGGUGGAAAGGUGGAGUUCCGGCGCACGCUCACCCUCAGCUUCUUCUUCAAGUUCUACCUCACCGUGCUCCUGAAACUCAACAAGAAGAGUGUGAGAGGGAAGUGUGACAAACUGGACCCCACCUGUUUCAGCGCCACUUCUCACUUUCACAAAGAUCCCCCGGCCAACGUCCAGCUUUUCCAGGAAGUGCCCAGAGGGCAGUCUGAGGAAGACAUGGUGGGCCGGCCCCUGCCCCACCUCGCAGCUGCCAUGCAGGCCUGUGGAGAGGCCGUGUACUGCGAUGACAUCCCCCUGUAUUCCAAUGAACUCUAUCUGUGGCUGGUGACCAGCACCAAGGCCCACGCCAGGAUCAAAUCAAUCGAUACAUCGGAAGCCCAGAAUGUCCCCGGAUUUGAGUGCUUCCUCUCGGCCGACGAUAUUCCUGGAAGUAACAUCACUGGGCUGUUCAGUGAUGAAACAGUCUUUGCUAAGGAUGAGGUCACUUGCAUCGGGCACAUCAUCGGAGCUGUGGUGGCCGACACCCCUGAGCACGCCCAGAGAGCUGCUAGAGCUGUGAAGAUCGCCUACGAGGAGCUCCCUGCAAUCAUCUCGAUUGAGGAUUCCCUGAAGGAAAAGUCAUUUCAUAAUGAUAGCUUUCUGCUGAAGAUUGAGAAAGGAGACCUCCAGAAGGGAUUUGCUGAUGCUGAGCACAUCCUCGAAGGAGAGGUCUACAUAGGUGGACAGGAGCACUUCUAUCUGGAGACACACUGCACCAUUGCGAUCCCAAAAGGAGAAGCAGGAGAGAUAGAGCUCUUCGUGUCCACCCAGAACAUAAGUGUGACCCAGUGUUAUGUUUCCAAAGUCUUGGGUGUCCCACCAAACCGGAUUUUAGUUCAUGUGAAGAGACUGGGAGGAGGUUUUGGAGGAAAGGAGUCCAGAACCACUAUAUUAUCCACAGUGGUGGCCGUCGCCGCACACAAGACCGGCCGGCCCGUACGCUGCAUGCUGGACCGAGAUGAAGACAUGCUGGUGACGGGCGGAAGGCAUCCCUUCAUGGCCCGCUAUAAGGUUGGCUUCCUGAAGAAUGGGAAAGUGGUGGCUUUGGAAGUUGAAUUCUACAGCAAUGCGGGAAACAGCAUAGAUCUCUCGAUGGGUAUUAUGGAGACAGCUUUAUUCAACAUGGACAACUGCUAUAAAAUCCCCAACAUCCGGGGCACCGGAAAACUUUGCAAGACCAACCUGCCCUCCAACACGGCCUUCCGGGGCUUCGGGGCUCCUCAGGGAAUGUUCAUCGCUGAGUCCUGGAUGAGUAAAAUUGCUGUGAAGUGUGGCCGCCCACCUGAGGAAGUGCGGAGGCUGAACAUGUACGAGGAUGGGGACCUGACUCACUUCAAUCAGAAACUGGAGGGGUUCAUGGUGCCUCGGUGCUGGUCCGAGUGCCUGGAGAACUCCCAGUACCAUGCCAGGAGGAAGGAGAUCGAGACGUUUAACAGAGAGAACACCUGGAAGAAGAGGGGAUUGGCCAUAAUUCCCACCAAGUUUUCAAUAGGUAUUAGAAUCUCAUUCCUGAACCAGGCUGGGGCCCUGGUGCACGUGUACACAGAUGGCUCUGUGCUGCUCACCCAUGGGGGGAUUGAGAUGGGCCAAGGCCUGCACACCAAGAUGAUCCAAGUGGCCAGCAGAGUCCUGGGAAUCCCGAUAUCCAAAAUCUACAUCAGCGAGACGAGCACCAACACAGUGCCCAACACUUCUGCAACAUCCGCCUCCCUUGGCACAGACCUUAACGGGAUGGCUGUUUUAGAGACAUGACCAUUAGUUCUUUUUGCUCAUCAUUGUAAAAUCUCACUGUAUCCUUUCUCUCUGCUCAGUACCCCUAACCUGGGCUAUGAUUUUGAGACCAACUCGGGAAAUCCCUUCAAUUACUUCUGCUAUGGGGUGGCGUGUUCUGAGGUGGAGAUUGACUGCUUGACAGGUGACUACCAGAACAUUCGCACAGACAUCGUCAUGGAUGUCGGCACCAGUCUGAAUCCAGCAAUAGAUAUUGGUCAGGUGGAGGGAGCAUUUGUUCAGGGCCUUGGGCUCUUCACCCUGGAGGAGCUGCAUUAUUCCCCUGAGGGGAAACUGCUGACCCGAGGACUCGAUUCCUACAAAAUCCCUGCUUGUGGCGACAUCCCCACCAAGUUCCAUGUGACUCUGCUCCGAGACUGCCCCAACCAGAAAGCCAUCUUCUCAUCCAAGGCUGUCGGAGAGCCUCCCCUCUUUCUCUCCGCCUCAAUCUUCUUCGCCAUCAAGGAUGCCAUCGGUGCAGCCCGAGCCCAGGGAUCAGAGAGCCAACUGGACCCGCUUUUCCAACUGGACAGCCUGGCCACUCCGGAGAGGAUCCGCAAUGCCUGCGUGGACCGGUUCACUAAGCUGUGUGGUACUGAGGUGCCGGCAAACUUUAAGCCGUGGUGUAAGAGAGUAUGAAGAGAAAGAAAGUCAUGUGAAGAAUCAUGCUGUGCUGAGAGUGCUUCCGCGAGUCCCCGACCCAAGCUUCUACCCAGGACCACUCCUAUGAUUGAUAUGUCACAUUCUCUGUUUGAGGAAAUUGUAUGUGUGGGAAGAUUUAAUCCAGCAAUGAGGGACUAUAAUUAUAAACAAAUUAAGAACUUUUCCCGAUAA